AACAUUGUAUAAAAUUAGUAAAUUGAUCAGAUUUAGGAAAUUCGUCGGUACUUUACUAAACUAGACCUUUCAAAGCCAUCAAGAUGCUUCCAUUAUCGUUACUACGGACCGCUCAAAACCAUCCAAUGCUGGUGGAACUUAAGAACGGCGAGACCUACAACGGGCAUCUGGUUUCUUGCGAUAACUGGAUGAAUAUCAACUUGAGGGAAGUCAUUUGCACAUCACGAGACGGCGACAAGUUCUGGAGAAUGCCUGAAUGCUAUAUUCGCGGUUCAACGAUCAAAUACUUGCGUAUUCCUGAUGAAGUUAUUGAUAUGGUUAAGGAAGAGACACAAGUUAAGUCCCGAGGCCUGCGCGAGGUCUCCAAAGGCCGAGGAGGCGGCAACAUGCGCUCAGCUCGCGGUAGCGCCCGCGGGGCGUUCGGCGCGCGCCGCCCCGCCCCGCCACCGACCCGGCAACCCAACCAACAACCGCGACCCAUGAAGAAGAAGUAG